GGGAAGGGUUCUUGUAAUUUAUUUCCCUUCUUUUGCAUGUUUUUCUUAUGGUUUAGUUAGUUUUUCCAUAAUUUUUCAUAGGUUGUUUUGUGAUAGUUGUGAUUGACAUCUUCUGCAACUAUCAAAUUAAACAUUAUUUUCUUUAGAGUGGUGUCUAUGGUGCUGCUUCUGGGACAGGAGGUUGGACAUCCUGGUUCUCUCUCUCCAAGGAGCAGACAGUUGAAAAUGGUUCAGUGAAAGAGUGCAACAGAGGUAUGGUGGCUAUAAAAGUUUCCUGUCAAUGAUAAUGCCUCCAAGGAAGAGACCCCUCAUUCCUGUUAGCGCAAGACGGCGGCCAAAAGGUGAUGACGAUUACUUCCCCUUCAACCUACUGCCAGUGGAGUGUCAGCUCCAUGUGCUUUCAUUCCUGAGUGAGGUGGACAAGUGUAACUCAGCGCUUGUGUGCUCAAGCUGGAGCUGCCUGGUGCGCUCUGGGAAACUGUGGAGAGUUGCAGACUAUUCUCGCCGUGGAGUGUUCCGUCUCGGACAGGAGGGAUUACUCGUGUCCAACAGAGAGUUUGAGCGCUGGAAGUCAUGGGUUCACCAUUAUACUCACCAUCUCAUAUCUCGCGGGGCUAGUUUGCUUACUCUCAAAGCAAGCUUUGAUUUGGGGGACCAGUGCAAUAAAUGGGGCGAACUCCUCUCUCAUCUGUUGGAGAAUGUCCACUGUAGGGAUCUCAGUCAUUUAGACUUGAACUGGACAUUCACUCUGCUGGAGCCGUUGGACCUCAGAGUCCACUCUGGUUCUAGUUCACACCAAGAUGUCAUCAGUAAAAUGGACCAAGUUAAUAAUUUCCAGAUCCUUUUAGCCAAAGUAGCCCAGAGCUGCCCACGAAUCACCAAGAUGCGGCUGCACUUUGAUUGGUCUGACAAGUCAGUAGCUUUAAUAGCUCAAUUUCAACACUUGCGCAUUUUGGAACUUAAGUACUUCUGGGUCUUUAAAGGGGUGAGCCCAAGCACCUUGCAAGCACUGACUAAAUCACUACCUAACCUCAAGUCCCUUACUCUCAAUGUUCUAGUGCCACUUCGGAAUUUGGGCAUUUCAUACAUUCUUGAAUCACUGUCCCUGGAGUUCCUUGAUGUUUCCCUCAGCCGAGGUCUGGUCUUCUCUAGCCUCAAACUGCCUGCACUGAGAGAGUUGCGGGCUAAAAAGAUUGUACGGGGGAUUACUUUGGACCGCCGAACCAGGAUCCGAAUCCAGAGCAGGUGGCCUUGUCUGUAUCAGGUCUUGCGAGAUGGGACGCCCAGGCUACAGGUGCUCAACAAUGAACGACUACUUCCGAACUGGAAAGAGCAGACUUACGACGAGCUCACUUCUAUUCUCCAACAGUCUUGUUACUGUCUGCAGCAUCUGGAUAAUUGGAUCUGGUAAACAAACUGUCAAAAAUAAGGGCACAGACCUGUAAGGAGCAAGGAGGAUGAGAAUCAUUUGUGAAACUGACAAACACCUGUCACCAUUUAUUAAACAUAUAUAAUGAUUCAAAACACAAUAAGCCACCCUAAAAUUGAAAGAGAUAAUAUAAAGCACAAUUGUGAGGGCAUUUGUGUUGAAAUUUCAGACCAAAUACCUCUGGUCAAUAACAAAAUAUGAUAGCUAUUUGAGGACUAGCUAUAGAGUUCGGUUUUAUCUAGUGAAUGAAAUUGCCGUACUCAAAUGUAGAAAAGGAGAUAAAAUCCUAACAUGAGGGGUGGAAAGCAAUGUGUGGUCUAGAUCUUGGCUUGUACACUGCUCUCAGUGUCUCAAUACAGAGGCAUUGCAGAAUGCAGAAUGGAUAUUUGUUAAUAAACCAGGCCUAAAUACUUCCAAGAUUUGCAAACAAUAGUUUUACUGACUUUUUAAAAAUUUUAUUUCUAUUUUAAAAUUCCCUUCAAAAUGUUUCCUGUAGGAUAACCCUUGUGGUUGACGAUGCACCAGGCCACUAAUAGGAUAAAGCUAACAUGCCAGACUCUAGUUAAACAUUUAUUUUUAAACAAUGCUUUAAUAAGAUAUUAGUCUUAAUCUUUUAAAAAAAAUAUAUAUAUAUGGGAUCUAUCUUGCACCAGACUGACCAGUAUGCUCACACUGACAUUACAGUUUACAGAGUUUUAUUAAAUCAUCCCUUUUCUCAAGAUUUAAUGCAAAAUGUAAUGUAGUAAACCUGUAAUUAAUUGAUUUUAUGAAGAAUGGUGGUGCACAGACUUGCAAAAUGUCCAAAGAUCUAAAUGACCAACUAAUGUGAAAUGUUUUUCAUAUAUUGUAUUUAUGUAGUUUCCUCCCAGAUAGUUGCUUUCCAAUACAUCAAAUGUUUAUGCAUAGAGAGAUCCAGUCAUGUAUGUGUAGUGCUUCAUACUUAUCCAUAGAGGUCCUCUUAGCUUCAGGUUUUGUACUACCAUCAGCAUUUUUCUCUGCGCUUGUUACCAUAAUUUAUUAGUUUGCAACUUGCACUGAUUUUUUUAUGCUUAAAGGCAAAUUAAAGCAAUGAAUAUUGAAUUGCUAACGACUGCCAGAAUAAAGUUUACUGGUUUGACUGUC